AUGACGAAGGGGGUGCGGAGGUCGCGGCGGCCUCGCGGGGGGCCCGCUGUACCCCGCACCCGCGGGUACUCCGCGGCUCAGCGCACGCUCCGGCCGUUCCGCGUCAGGCUGGACAGCCGUGCCCGUGCGGAGCUUGCUCAGGCGGCCGCCAGUGCUGUGGGCCACGCUGACCGCUGUCACAGCGUCGUCUUCUCACCGACUGGUCCAUCCUUCACCAAGAUUUUAUCAGUGUAUCAAGUCACUAUUACGGGUAAAGUACCAGACCGGUCGCCUUGUGAAAAACUGAAAUUCGAAAUAAUUUGUACCUUAAUUAUUUUUCAGAAACAUACAGCUUUUGCUACUUUCCCUAAUGAAAAAGCAGCUAUAAAGGCAUUGACAAGACUGCACCAGCUGAAACUUCUAGGUCAUACUUUAGUAGUUGAAUUUGCAAAAGAUCAAGAUCAAGUUCAUUCCCCGUGUCCCUCCUUAGGCACUGACAAAAAGAAAAGGUCUGAUGAGCCUGUGGAAGACGAGAGAGAGAAGAAAGAGCUUGGUUGUGUAACUAUAGAAAACGGAAUUGCACCAAACCAUGGGCUGACAUUUCCUCUGAAUUCAUGCCUCAAGUACAUGUACCCCCCGCCGUCGAGCACAAUCCUCGCAAACAUAGUAAACGCUUUGGCAAGUGUGCCCAAGUUCUACGUCCAGGUGCUUCAUCUUAUGAAUAAAAUGAACUUGCCCACACCUUUUGGACCAGUCACUGCACGGCCUCCCAUGUAUGAAGACUACAUGCCAUUACAUGCACCUCUGCCCCCCUCAUCUCCUCGGCCGCCCGCGGAACCCCCUUUGCCAGAGGACGACGAGGACUUCUCGAGCACAGAGUCAGAAUACGAAAGCAGUGACGACGAGGGCAGACAGAGAAUGGCCAAACUAAUGGAAUUAGCAAAUCUUCAGCCCAAAAGACCAAAGGCAACUAAGCAGCGCCAUGUGAGGAAAAAGCGGAAAAUAAAGGACAUGCUGGCCACGCCUGCGUCUGUUUCCCACAGCAGUUUACACCAGGUGCUGUCACCCUCAGAUGUGUUUGAUCAACCACUGCCUGUAGGCAAUAAAAAAAUUGAAUUCCAUAUAUCUACUGACAUGCCAGCUGCACUUAAGAAAGACUCGGAAAAGGAAGGUUUUGAAGAACAGAAUCCUGAUUUACCUGCCACCGGAGCCGAUGCAUCCAGCGUAGGGUUUGGAAAAAUCUUCCCCAGACCUAACUUGGACAUCGCGGAGGAGAGGAAGGAAGACUCUGAUGAGAUGCCCUCGGAGUGUAUUUCUCGGAGGGAGCUGGAAAAGGGCAGGAUUUCUAGAGAAGAAAUGGAAACGCUUUCGGUUUUCAGAAGUUAUGAACCUGGUGAACCAAACUGUAGAAUUUAUGUAAAGAAUUUAGCUAAACAUGUUCAAGAAAAGGACCUUAAGUUUAUUUUUGGAAGAUAUGUUGACUUUUCAUCAGACACACAGCGGAUAAUGUUUGAUAUCCGCCUGAUGAAGGAGGGCCGCAUGAAAGGACAAGCCUUUGUCGGACUCCCCAACGAAAAGGCAGCCGCAAAAGCCUUAAAGGAGGCUAAUGGAUAUGUCCUGUUUGGAAAACCCAUGGUGGUUCAGUUUGCUCGAUCUGCUAGACCAAAACAAGAUUCUAAAGAAGGAAAGAGGAAGUGAUAAAAAUUGGUGAAGAAGUUGAACGGGUCCUGCUGUUCUUUUAGAAGCGUUCCUGCUAAAUUCCAGUGUAAACUCAUUCAAAGUGUAUCCUUUCUUGUAUCCUUUUUGGGGCAGUACUUUUGUUUUUUUUUAUUUUUCUUAGACAUGGUUUGUCCCUUCCACCCAUUGAUCCAGAUUAAGCAGUAAUAUUUUGCAAUUUAAAAGAAUUACUUCUAAAUACCAGUAUUGAUUGAGCAGAUCUUUUAUGGGUAUUUUACAUCUGUUGCCAAGUUUUCUAUCCUGUCCUUUUGGUUACAUAAUUUUUUCAGGGAAAGUUAGUGAAUCAGGUCAGUUUAUUUACUUGUGGAAUGUAUGCAUUUACUUUAAUAUGGAAUUUGGUCUUGUUCAUUUAUGUACUUUCUAGACGGAAUUCAGUAACAUGUAUGUUCUGUUUUAUGAUAUACAUGGGUUAGGUAUUCUGUAUAAAGUGCUGUAAGAUUUGGUUGGGGAAAUAAUUUUUUUUUCUUUUAAAAAUACAAAUAUUGAAAAGUAGCAUAACUGCAUUCCUGUAUAAAUUCCAAAUCAGAGUAGCAGGCCCCCCGUCUGUACCUGCAGCGCUGUCAUUGAAAUCCCCGAGAGAGAGCAGGCAGAAGUACCUUUCUCCUUCCUUUUUCUAAACCAAACACAAGCCAGAAGAAGAGAGGAGCAGGGGUGGAAGACAGCCUGUCGGCUCAGG